UUGUUUGACCCAUCGGAUGCAUUCUAGGGUACCUGAUUCCAUAGCUGCCAUAAUAAGGCCACACGGUGAGAUAGGGCUGAGACCGCCUCAUGUGUUGGGCCUCCUCUGUGUUCUGGUCCCCACCAACCCCCAUCCUCCCAGCAUCAGUGGGAUGUCCCAGGUGUGUCUCCUCUUGGCCUUGCUCAUGCUCUGCAGCUGCACAAAGGUCUCCUCUACUAACUCCCUGGAGCUUCUGAAGGAGCAGUGGAGCAGCUACAGGAACCAGUGCCUGGACUACAUCAACGCCACGCCCCCCGCCACAGGGCUGGUGUGUAACAGGACCUUUGACCAGUAUGCCUGCUGGCCUGAUGGACUCCCAGGAACCACUGUCAAUGUCUCUUGCCCAUGGUUCCUGCCAUGGUAUCGUAAAGUCCAGCAGGGUCUGGUCUACAGAGUCUGCGGUAAAGACGGUCGAUGGGCACAAAAGAAUACCAGCGAAUGUGAGGACGACCCUGGGCAGCAGCAGUAUGGCCGCAUCCUCAGUCAGUUUCGGAUCAUGUAUACAGUGGGAUACUCGCUCUCUCUGGGAGCUCUGCUACUGGCCCUGGCAAUCCUCAUCACCUUCAGGAAGCUCCACUGUAUGAGAAACAACAUCCACAUGAACUUGUUUGCCUCCUUCAUCCUGAGAGCCGUAUCCAUCCUGGUUAAAGAUGCCCUGCUGACCCUCACACUGGAGCACAGGAGCAGCAACACCCAGGCCUGGGUUAACAUACCGGCUGUGACGUGGUGUCGUGGUGCCAUGGUGAUGAUGCAGUACAGCGUAAUGGCCAACAACUACUGGCUACUGGUGGAGGGCAUCUACCUGCACAGCCUGCUGGUCAUUACCGUGUUCAGCGAGAAGAAGUACUUCUACAUUUACCUGGCCAUCGGCUGGGGUGCACCACUCAUAUUCGUGUUGCCAUGGAUCACAGUGAAAUACCUGUAUGAGAAUGAGGAGUGCUGGGAGAGGAAUGUUAACAUGGGAUAUUGGUGGAUCAUCCGUUCUCCUAUACUGUUUGCUUAUCUGAUUAAUUUCUUCAUAUUCAUACGAAUUAUCAAAAUCCUGAUGUCUAAACUCAGAGCUCACCAGAUGAGAUACACUGAUUACAAGUUCAGAUUAGCGAAGUCCACUCUGACUCUCAUCCCUCUGCUGGGGAUCCACGCCAUCCUCUUCACCUUCGUCAUCGACGAGUCCGUCCCUAAAGGCUCCCUGCUGCGCCUCAUUCGCCUCUUCUGUGACCUCCUUUUCAACUCCUUCCAGGGCCUGCUCGUUGCCAUCCUGUACUGCUUUGUCAACAAAGAGGUGCAGUCCGAAAUGCUGAAAAAGUGGAAGAGAUGGAAGCUGGGUAAGGACAUUGAUGAGGAGUACCGCCACACCCACAGCCAAACGCCACACAUCAAGAGCGGCAGCAUCGCCACUGGCAAUCUGCCCGAUCUCCAUGACAACAAUGCCAGUGACCCCAGCGGUGACUCGCCUCACCUCGACAAGGCUGACAGAGCUCCUUCCUGCUCCGCCGCACCCGAGGAGAACCGCCGAUUAGUCGUCUCCUACAGCAACGGGACAGGGAAAGGCAGGCCCGCCAAGAGCAAACACACCUUACAGUUCUCUUUCUUGCCACACCGAGGCACCGCCAGUCAUGCCAGCACUACCAUCGAGGAAGUGUUUCUGGAAGGGAGGGCGCAGUGCAACACUUACCCUCUGGAAGGAGAGGAGACUAAUGUCUGAGUGGCGGUGGAAGGAUGACCUGCCCUGAGCCCUCAUCACACAAACUUUCACUGAAUGUGCUAGUCGCUGUUUCGGAUCAGUGUUCAUCAUGCGCCAACAAGACAAGACUGAUCAGGCUUUUCACUGCUGCACAUUGUCGCAGGAAGUAAAGUAUCAACCUGCGCCGCUGCAAAUAAAUAUUUAUUGGUUUUGGGACCUUGAGUGAAAAAGCACUUACUGACUUAAGACAUCAGGAAUGAUUAAAUAAAUUAAAAUGAAAUUCUAGUGGUGUUCAGUGAGAGAGUGUGUGUGUGUGUGUGUUUGUGUGUGCGUGCGUGCAUAUGGAGGAAUGCCAUUUCAACACUGACUUUACUCACAUCUUUUCAUCUGUUCUGCUGGUGCCAUUGGAUUUCGACUUGUGUCGUGUGUCUGUUUGCUGCAAUGGAUGCUUGUGGUACUCUCCUACAUAAACCUCUCAGUGUCGUUUAUUUUUUCUUAUUUUUUAUCAAACUGAAUGUGGACCACAGCAUGCAUGCCUCUGACGCAUUUCCUAUCAUUCAAAUGCAGUCAGAAAAGCAUUGAAACAAUGAACACAGCAAUGAAGACAUCUUGUUCAUGGAGAUCAGGAGGGAGGCAGAACCGAGCGAUUCCCUGUAGACUACUGACUCUUGUUGUGCUGACACAGCCUUGCAGAGGCACUUUGAUCUUCAGAGAGACUGAACGCUGUGCUGUAAUGUUUAAGUUAUUGUGGUUUGAAAUGACCAAGGCCAAACAUAAAAAUAUUAAUAUAUUGCAGGUUUUACAUGAAAUGUGUAAAUUAGGCAUUACAUUCGUUCCUCUUUUUUUCAUGCCAACCCUCUUCCUCCUCCUCUUUAAGCAGAGUUUCCUGUCUGAAUGUACAUGAACAAUGGAGACAUAUGGGUGGAACAUUAUUUAAAUGUAUAAUGAGAAAUAUGUCCUCAUUUGGAUUUAUCCAGCAAGGAGAUUAAAAUUAAACUCUUGAUUUGCCUGCAUGUAGACAUUUAGAAAAUUUGUACAUGACACACUGUCAGUUAAUUGGAUGAAAAUUUAACAAAAAUGAUCUUUGGUGUUUUACAUAAACCAAAGUUGCUCUAGAUCACAAUGAUCAUACCACUCCAAUCUGCUCCUAUCACUGUCCAUGCAGCUGUACAUUUAUUCAGUCAUACAGUGCUCUUCAGAAAGAACAGAGGCAGUUUUUUUACACAGUGCACAAUAUGUACUGACUAGAAAAGUCCUUUUAUAUGCCAGAGGGGUUUUCAAUUGUAAGGAGACAUAGAUGCAUUUCAUAACAUAAUGUGUGUGGAUUUAUUGUUGAAAAGAGCACCACAUGAGGGAAUGAAGUAGUUAUCAUUCAUUGCAUUGUGAAAAUGAGCAAAUUGAAACAAGAUUUGGUGGGGUUUUUUUUGUUUUGUUUUGUUUUUUAUUUCACAUUCACUUCAGAAAUGGAUUGAAUUGGACUGGAUUGUGUGGUCAAUAGAUUCUAAACAUGAUAGAUUUCAAUCACACUGGAGCCAACAAGAGUUUUCACAAAGGGAUUCCUAAUGGACUUUUAUGAUCAAGGACAGAAAUAUAUUCUGUUUUAAGUGUGAGAGAGUGCACUGUACACUGUAAAUACUGAUAAAACUGAAUAUCAUAAAGACAAAGGCGGGUGGGUGAAGGGAUAUGUUGUUGUUCGGUGUUUUUGCUUGCAGCGCAGGUGACUCAAAAAUGAAAAUCAACUAAUUAUCUUGAGAAGAGAAUCUGUUUCACAGAACAUGACUGCACCUAUGAAGUCCUGUCUCAUAAUUUAAAAUGUUGCAAUUGUCACAAGGGGCCCAAAGCAAACAGUAUAAUAUGAGAAAAAGCAAAAAGUUUUAUAUAAAGGCCAAAUUGUUGUGUCUCAUCAUCUCUGUCUCUGUGGAUCCUAUUAAAUGA